AGGUAUGUAGGUACCUAGGUAGGUACCAACUAUAAAAUCAGAACAUCCCAUAAAGAAGUAUAUAUACCUGUUAUAUUGUCAAUACGUCAUCGGUCCACACCUACAGGAAACACAGUGCGACGAUAAUAGAUAUACCAUGACACUUUGCGUCUUCAAAUGGCUAAUAUUAAGCAUUCCUUUCUUCCACUUUACUUAGCAGUCAUAGUCCCAUAGGUGUAAAUAUCGCCUACUUCAUAUCCGGUAUGCCUCUGCAUCUUCUAGGCAAGAAAUCGUGGAAUGUCUACAACCCCAAAAAUAUUGAGCGCGUGAGGCGCGACGAAGCAGCUGCCAAAGCCCGCGACGAGGCCGAAGAGCAACGCCAGCAAGAAGUCGAUGCCGAACGUCGUCUAGCCAUCCUACGAGGCGAGACCCCGCCUAUACCUCCUCCCCCUCAGUUGAGCGUUGAAGAUGAGGCUCGUAGCCAGAAACGAAGUCGCGAUGAGGAUCCGGGAGCACCGAUCCGGGGUAGGGAUCGUAGGAAGCGAAAGCGUGCAGGUGAAGAUGAUACAGAUUUCGAAUUGCGCCUUGCGCGCGAGCAGUCGAGUGCUGCACAGACGACAAGCGAUGCGCUUGUAAAGAGCACUAGUAAUGCCCCGCUCGUGGACCACACCGGUCAUAUAGACUUGUUCCCUGAAGAGCGAUCGCGUGUGCCUAUACAGAAAAAUGAAGAGGCUGAACGAGAAGCUGCCAAGAAGAAGCGAGAAUAUGAAGACCAGUACACUAUGCGCUUCUCUAACGCCGCUGGCAAGGAGGGAUUUGUUGGCCCUUGGUAUGCAAAAGGUGGUGACAUUAAGGACGUUGUAGAUGGUAAUCUGGAUGCACCGAGCAAAGACGUAUGGGGUAACGAGGACCCGCGGCGGAAGAUACGGGAGGCUGUACGCGUUGUAGCAAACGAUCCUCUUGCAAUGAUGAAGAGAGGUGUCGCGAAGAUUAGGGAGGUUGAGAAAGAAAGACGAAAGCUGAACGAGGAGAGAGAGCGAGAGCUGAGGCAGCUUCGAAAAGUAGAGAAGAGACGAGAGAGGAGGAGGCGACGAGAGGGAAGAAAGGACUACGAUGGCCUUGAGGGGCUCACUCUAGAUGGUACGGCCUCCAGUAAAACCCCAGCCCACUCCAAGGAUGACGACGAUCAUUAUCAAUAUCGACGAUAUCAUCACUCCCGGGACGAGAGCGAUCGAUCUCGGCGCCACUCCGAAAAUAGAGAACACAUAGAGCACGAGUAUGACCAGAAACAAAGUUCCCGAUCAGACCAUCAGGAGCAAGGUCAGGGAUUAUCAAAACAUGACAGACGGCGAGAAGGGAGGGCAGAUAACUACUAGCAUUGCAUCGGUAUACCGGACCAGGCGUUAGUUUUUCGAGUAUUAGAUACCCCUCCUGCCUUGUAGAGGCACUAAUAUCAUUUGCGUAUUCGUGAUUAGACGGAU